UGAAAAAAAUGAUGGCUCUGGGUUUGGUUUAAUCUUUCAAACCUGUCACAUUUGAAUUACUUAUUGAGUACUAUAAUUGUGAAUUUUGUCAACAAAUUCAGAAGCUUGAUCUAGUUACUUACCACAAAUGCAACAUCCCCACGCGUUAAUGAAAAGGCCAAGUGCCAACUGUUGCAUUCAGUGGAAGCCUAAACCAAAAAAUUGAUUGAUGGUUACAUGAAUCAAAAAUCAUUAAUUUUUCUAUCCAUUUAUUUGCAUAUUCUCUACCAUUCUUUUUUUCUUUUUCAACUUACUAUUUUUUCAUUUUGAGAAACACUCUUUUGUCCUGUCUUCCAUUGGCUUUUUAUUCUCAAAUGCUAUAAAUUGGAUGAUCACCUUGUGAAGAAAUAUACAACCACUUAAGAAAUAUACAACACACAGAAAACAUGGGUCUAGUGAUUGUCAUCAUAGCAGUAAUGGUUGUUUAUUUCAAUAAUUAUUCAGUUUCAUUUGUGAAUUCUGCUUCUUCAUCAUCUCUUUCAGUGGGCUUUUAUGAUGAAUCGUGUCCUCGAGUUGAGGAUAUUAUAUAUGAUGAAUUAGUGAAAAAGAUGUCUCCGAUUCCUCGCAACAUCACCAUACCGGGGACUCUUAGGCUGUUUUUCCAUGAUUGUUAUGUUCAGGGUUGUGAUGGUUCUGUUUUGAUCUUACCAACAGAUGACAAUAAUUCUGAGAGAAACGCAUCUAUCAACCUUUCUUUAGCUGGAGAUGCAUUUGACAUUGUUGAUAAGGCUAAGGCAGCAUUAGAAAAAGAAUGUCCGGGGGUAGUCUCAUGCCCGGAUAUCCUUGCUAUCUUGGCACGCGAUGUCGUACACUGGUGGGAAGGUCCGCACUGGGAGGUUGAGAAAGGAAGAAGAGAUGGACUCAUCUCCAACGCAACAGAAGCUCAACUACUCAUGCCAAAGUCUGACGAAAAUAUAACAACUCUCAUCCGUGGAUUCGAAUCGAUUGGACUAUCGACUGCUGAUCUCGUUACAUUAUCUGGGGCACACACAAUAGGUUUUACACACUGUAUAGAAUUUGCUAGUCGUAUCUUCCACAACGACACCACAUUGAACUCUACAAUAAGAGAAAAGGUAAUCCUUAGCUGUCCAUUUCCGAAGAUUGACAGAAAUGUUGCUGAAGCACUUGAUCAAACUUCUGAGUUUGUAUUUGAUAAUAAGUUUUACAAGAGCUUGCGACAACGGAAAGGCCUGCUCUUGACGGACCAUGUAUUGGCUUUUGGUUAAAAUGAUGUCUCUCGUAAAUUAGUGUAUAGGUACUCCGAGGACCAAGAAUUGUUCUUCCAGGAAUCUGCAAAAGCCAUGGUGAAAUUGGGAAGAGUUGGUGUUAAGACUGGGAAUGAGGGAGAAAUUAGAAGGGAUUGUAAGAAAUUCAACUGAUUAGGGUUUUUUGUUGUAUUGGCAAUUACAAUGUCAAUGUUGCUUUUAAGCUUAUUUCUUUUGCCAAUACAAUCAAUGAAAGAGUUCGAUUUUGGACACAAUCAGAAAUCCUAUUAUAAUUUUAAAGCAUCUUCUUAACAGAAUUGAACACCUCUUCAUCCAUCUUUGUACUACUUGUGAACCUUUUUGGUAUAGUGAGAAUUGUGUUCUGUAUCUGGUCUAUAUCUAUGCAAUUUCCUGUAUAGGAUUUCAGUUUAA